AUGAAUAUGUUUAAUGAAACUGUGCGCAAUGCUUUGUCAAAGGUGAUAAAAGAUAUAGGAUUUCAAAACAGUGAUAUUAAUAUAUCUUUGGCUUCCAAUCCUGGAGAUAAUUAUGGUGGAACACUUUAUAGAAUUCAAAUUUCCGGCGAAAAAGAAGGCUUGCAAACUACUCAUAACUUAGUAUGCAAAGUUCCUAUAGAAAAUUUCAAAUUGAACUUAAACUUAGCAUUCAACAGAGAAGUCCAUGUUUAUCAAAAUAUACUAAAAACAUUCGAAGAAUUUCAAAAAGAAAAAGGCUUAACGGAAAAUUACAAAUUCAAGUCAUAUGUCCAUUGUUAUGAUUCUGGAUGUCUUAAAAAUUCCGAAUAUAUCAUAAUGGAUGAUCUCAAAUCAAAUUCCUAUGUGAUGUUGAACAAGUUGAGUAAAAUAAAUCGCCCUCACGUAGAACUUGUUGUAAAAGCUCUUGCAGAGUUUCAUGCUUUAAGUUUUGCCUUGAAAGACCAAAGGAAAGAAGUGUUUCAAAAAAUCUCAAACGUUCCAGAAGUUUUAGUAGGAGUGCUCAGUGAAAGAGCUUUUUUAGAUAUGUGUGAUUUUGGCUUAGCACAAGCUGUUGAGGCGUUAAAUAAAUGUGAUGAAGAUUUACAAGAUAAAGUUAGAAAGGUUAGAGAAAAUCUACUAGCAACAGUAAAGGAAUUUUUUAAUGGAGUUGGUUCGGAAGAUUAUUGCGUCAUAAAUCAUGCUGAUUGCUGGAAUAAUAAUAUGAUGUUUAAAUAUGAGGAUGAUAAACCGGUGCAAGUAUGCUUAUUCGAUUGGCAACUCUGCAGAUUGUGUUCCCCUGUGGUGGACCUAGUCAAUUAUUUCUACAAUAGCACUGAACGUGAAAUGCUAGAAGAUCAUUUUGACGAUUUGAUGUCUGUCUACCACGAGCACUUGAGCAAUUUUAUAGUCACUUUGGGAAGUGAUCCAAAAGUGUUAUAUCCUUACGAACAAUUUGAAAAGGAUCUAAGGAAAUAUGCAGUGUUUCCAUUUAUCGCUUGUUGUUCGAAUUUGUUCCUGUUGUUAUCGGAUCCGGAUAAACCGCCUGUGCUGAACGACAUGGCUGAAGACAGUGAAAAAGAUAUUGGAAGUGUGUUAGCUUUUCAGGAUCAGAAGAGACAAAAUCUCUAUAAUAUUAGAAUUAAUGAUAUUGUCAAACAUGCUGCUAAAAGAAAGUUCAUUUAA